CUGGCUGGGUGCCUCUGGGCUCCUGUCACCUCCUGGGCAGCUGUCCCACUCUUGCGGAAGCCUGGGGCCUGGAGAGUUUCCCUGCUUGGAGUAGGAAUGAGCUCAGCUGUAGGCACCCUGACCAGCGUCUGUGAAGCUGAACUUUCCAGACCAGGGCUCAGAGAGGGACCUGCCUGGCACUGGGUGCCCCUCCUAAAGCUCAGAGGUCCCUGCAGGCCCAGACUCAAGGGACAGCCUGGUGGGGGCCACAGGUGCCUGUGCAGGAUCCAGCUGCGUUGGUGAGGUGGGCAUGGGAGACGGAGCCCAGCUGACUGGAGACCCUGUUCUCUUCCAGACUGAGGAGGCAGGCGGCAGGGCCUCCCCACCUGCCCCACAGAAGAUGCAGUUCUUCGGCCGCUUGGUCAAUACCCUCACUAGCGUCACCAACCUGUUCUCUAACCCAUUCCGGGUGAAGGAGGUGGCAGUGGCGGACUACGCCUCAAGUAACCGGGUUCGGGAAGAAGGGCAGCUGGUCCUUUUCCAGAACGCUCCCAGUCGCACCUGGGACUGCAUCCUGGUCAACCCAAGGAACUCGCAUAGUGGCUUCCGACUCUUCCAGCUGGAGUCGGAGGCCGACGCGGUGGUGCACUUCCAGCAGUUCUCAUCGCAGCUGCCGCCCUUCUACGAGAGCUCCCUGCAGGUCCUGCACCUCGAGGCCCUCCAGCACCUGACCGACCUCAUCCGCAACCACCCCAGCUGGUCCGUGGCGCACUUGGCCGUGGAGCUGGGGAUCCGCGAGUGCUUCCAUCACAGCCGCAUCAUCAGCUGUGCCAACAGCACGGAGAACGAGGAGGGCUGCACCCCCCUGCACCUGGCCUGCCGAAAGGGGGAUGGCGAGAUCCUGGUGGAGCUGGUGCAGUACUGCCAUGCCCAGAUGGACGUCACCGACAACAAGGGAGAGACUGCCUUCCAUUAUGCUGUGCAGGGUGGCAACUCCCAGGUGCUGCAGCUCCUAGGGAAGAACGCCUCUGCUGGCCUGAACCAGGUGAACAACCAAGGGCUGACCCCGCUGCACCUGGCCUGCCAGAUGGGGAAGCAGGAGAUGGUGCGCGUGCUGCUGCUGUGUAACGCCCGGUGCAACAUCGUGGGGCCCGGGGGCUACCCCAUCCACACGGCCAUGAAGUUCUCCCAGAAGGGGUGCGCUGAGAUGAUCAUCAGCAUGGACAGCAACCAGAUCCACAGCAAGGACCCUCGCUAUGGGGCCAGCCCCCUCCACUGGGCCAAGAAUGCUGAGAUGGCCCGUAUGCUGCUCAAACGGGGCUGCGACGUGGACAGCACCAGCGCCUCGGGGAACACGGCCCUGCACGUGGCAGUGAUGCGCAACCGCUUCGACUGCGUCAUGGUGCUGCUGACCUACGGGGCCAACGCGGGCGCCCGCGGCGAAAACGGCAACACCCCACUGCACCUGGCCAUGUCGAAAGACAACGUGGAGAUGAUCAAGGCCCUCAUUGUGUUCGGGGCAGAAGUGGAUGUCCCGAAUGACUUUGGGGAGACUCCUGCUCUCAUAGCCUCCAAGAUCAGCAGACAUGCCACCAGGAAGGCGCUCUUGACUCUGCUGAGAACCGUGGGGGCCAACUACCGCAUCUCACUCCUCCAAGAGGUUCCCACAGAGCAGGGUUCCACGGCUUCCUCUCACCCCCUCAUCUUCCCGGAAAGAGCCCAGCCCCCGCCGAUCAGCCUAAACAACCUAGGCAGUCAGUCACCCACGCCAGGCUGGACAGUGGGCCUGGGCUGUGGCAGCACAUGGGUAAUGCCUGAGCCUAGCGAGGCCGUGGAGCCAGCCAAGCCCCUCACUGGCCAUAGCUCUGAACUGCAGGACCUCAUGCACAUCUCCCGGGCCCGGAAGCCGGCUUUUAUCCUGAGCUCCAUGAGGGAUGAGAAGCGGACCCACGACCACCUGCUCUGCCUGGAUGGAGGGGGCGUGAAAGGCCUGGUCAUCAUCCAGCUGCUCAUCGCCAUCGAGAGGGCCUCGGGCGUGGCCACCAAGGACCUCUUUGACUGGGUGGCAGGGACCAGCACGGGGGGCAUCCUGGCCCUGGCCAUUCUGCACAGCAAAUCCAUGGCCUACAUGCGCGGCGUGUACUUCCGCAUGAAGGACGAGGUGUUCCGGGGCUCGCGGCCCUAUGAGUCCGGGCCCCUGGAAGAGUUCCUGAAGCGGGAGUUUGGGGAGCACACCAAGAUGACCGAUGUCAAGAAGCCCAAGGUGAUGCUGACCGGGACGCUGUCUGACCGGCAGCCAGCCGAACUCCACCUCUUCCGGAACUACGAGGCUCCGGAGGCCUCCAGGGAGCCUCGCUUCAGCCCCAGUGCCAACCUGAAGCCCCCGACUCACCCCUCAGACCAGUUGGUGUGGCGAGCAGCCCGGAGCAGCGGGGCGGCCCCCACCUACUUCCGGCCCAAUGGUCGCUUCCUGGAUGGCGGCCUGCUGGCCAACAACCCCACCCUGGAUGCCAUGACUGAGAUCCACGAGUACAACCAGGACCUGAUCCGCAAGGGUCAGGCCAACAAGGUGAAGAAACUCUCCAUCGUCGUCUCUUUGGGGACUGGGAGGUCCCCACAGGUGCCUGUGACCUGUGUGGAUGUCUUCCGCCCCAGCAACCCCUGGGAACUAGCCAAGACUGUUUUUGGGGCCAAGGAGCUGGGCAAGAUGGUGGUGGACUGUUGCACAGAUCCAGAUGGGCGGGCUGUGGACCGGGCGCGGGCCUGGUGCGAGAUGGUCGGCAUUCAGUACUUCAGACUGAACCCCCAGCUGGGCACGGACAUCAUGCUGGACGAGGUCAGCGACGCGGUGCUGAUCAACGCGCUCUGGGAGACCGAGGUCUACAUCUACGAGCACCGGGAGCAGUUCCAGAAGCUCGUCCAGCUGCUGCUCUCGCCCUGAGCCCCUCCCGGCCCCUCUGCAAAGCUGGGUGAAGCCACCCACCACGUGGCGCGGAGCCAGGGCCCCACGGCUCCAUCGUCCAGGGACUGGGGCUCGGAGCCUGCGCCUUCCUGCCUGAGGCUGGUUCUGAAGGCCUCUCCCCACCGCCUUCCCCACCAUUUGUCACUCCAGACCCAGAAAGCCCAGGGUCCCUCGGCCCGCUUCCCGACUGUGAAGGACACCCGACUUGGCCCGUGGCCCCGCGCCCAGCCGCUAACACUAAGGGUGCCCAGUGUGUCUCCAGCCGGCCUCCCAGGGGCCUGCGCGGCUCUCAGUCCCCAGCAACUGCAGCCCACCGUCCUGGAGAAAUGGGGCCCCCCACCCUGUCAGCAGGGAAGCCCUGGCUCCAGGAGCCGCGUGCCCCAUUUGACUUUGCCCCUCAGCACACACCAGGCACCCCACCCUCUGGCCCCACCCCGAGAGCCCUCCCAGCUUUCAAAGGUUACCCUGUGAGUUCACAUCUUCCCUUUGGAAGUGGCUUGAGAGUGGUGAGGGGCUCAGGGGCCCCCAAACUGUGAAAUAAAUGGCUUGGACUGAA